UGUAAGUGGCACUUGAGGACUCGAGUGGCUUAUACAUGCAUAGAAUCAAACUAAACAAUAUUAACGUAACUUCGAACUGGUGUGAAAUACCCCCUAACGGACGGCGGGCAGAGUCAAAGGUUACUUUUGGAUAUAUAUUUAUAGUUCAUUGAGGCAACUGUCUUGAUAUACCAUCAUUAUUGUGUGAAUGUGUGUUUACAACUAACUAGAGCAAGGGGGAUUUGUAGAACCAAACCGCGUAACAGAUAUUCUCAAAGUGAACUAAUAUCAUCUAUAGACAAAAAUCGUUAGGUUUGCCAGACGGGAAUCGUGCAUAAUACCGCACAAAUUUAAUCUGCCAGCGUUUGAGCAUUUCCUCUGAGUUUGGCAUAAUCUUGAGUUUUAGGAUAAAGCUGAUGGAACAGUGAGUGAUUAAAACUUUUCUGACUGUCAUGACAUACGAGUGCUGACAGACUGAGACAUUACGUUUACAGGGGCUCGUAUACAGCUCCGGUCGAUGGGCCAUGCAAUUAUGAGGAAGAAAUGUGCGGUUAUUUAGAAGUUUUACCGUGCAGUCUGAACAUACAAAAAGGAGGAGCUGCUUCUUACUUCUUGGAUUGUGUCAACUUCAAUGUCAAGUAUUACAUAUUUACGUCGAAUGAGCAUCCCUGUUAAUAAAAAUAAAAACUGAUUGAUUGGAGGAAAAAAAUGAGCAGGAUCGAGCUAUAAAGAGCCUUGAAGAAAAUCUGUCGCAUGCAAGAACUUGCUCACCAGUCAGCAGACCAAUUCACGCUCGUACAUGACUGCAUUUUACCAAUCGUUCAUUUUCAUACUGGAUGAAAACACAGUCCAGCAAUACGUAAAUCUUAAUGUGCGAUUUAUUCUUCAUAUUCGUCAGAUUGACAAAUGCAGUAGUUGAAAGACCUUUCAAUAAUUGAUUCGCACUGGCAAUGAUCGAGGCAGACGUAAAUUAUUUUGUGUGAAUUCGACUGUGUAACUUUUGACGGGUGAUAUCUAAAAGCUAUGACACUGAUAUGAGAGAGAGGAUCGUUACCUUGGAACGGAAUAACUCCAAUCUGUCAAGCAAAUAAGACUUUUCUUCAUGAAUUCUUGAUUUAUUGAAUAGUCAUUUAUUACCAAGUUAAAUUUCUGGAAAAAUAAUUUGAUGUGUCAUCAAAAGAAGAUGGUGUUCAUAACAGUGAAAUAUGGAGAUAACCAACAGCAGCUCUUCAAUCCCUUCUGCACCAGCAUGAAUCUGCUUGAGAGUAUACGCAAGCAGUGUCAUUCGUCAGAGGAUGGAGCUACCCUAGAUCUUUCGGACGGGUCGGGUAACGUGAAGAACCUUCAUUCUGCCGACAACCUUCAGUCGUAUGCCAACAGUUUCUUGGAGGGUCGUGAGACGUACUGGCUCAUCAAAGUAGAAAAAGGCGCAACCAACCUAGAACCCACCGUGUAUUCACUCCUUAUCAGUAACCCAGAAGAAACCUGUCCAGAACUACAAAGUCGCCUGAAAGACUUAUCUCGUCCGCCCUCUAUGCCCAAAGGCAAGGAAUCUUGGACCAACGUCCGCAAGAAACUCAACAAAACCAAAUCGUCCCUCAACUUGGGCAAGUCACCAAGAAAUGCUUCUGGCAAGGGGAAAAGAUGAUGUAUACGAUUAUACAAAGAACAUAUCCAAAUACCGUUCGGUUGAAAUUUUACUAGCUGAGUAAAUAUUUGAUUUUGCCUGUCAUCAUGAGCCUAAUAUGUCUCCAUCUAUUAUGCUGAACUGUCGGCUCCAUUAUAUAUCUGGAAAAUAAAUGGACGCUCUUAUCUUCAGAGGGAAUGCGUAAUCAUUCUCCUCUUGAUCCAAUGUGAGCUGCAAUGUAUAGGCCUAAAUUAAAAGCGUAUUCAAAUUACAUUUAAGAGUAUAGUUUUUUUUAAUAAAUAUUUGCUUUUAAGUUUUUCUUAUUUUUAAGAUGUGAUAGUAGUCGGAUUACAUACCGAGUUAGUUAGACUGAAUAAACCUUUUGUUACUUCUCUCUGUUGAUAAUUUUGAUAAUUGGUAUCAUUUAGUAUAGGUCACUCAUACCGCAACCCGGCCAAAAUUCACACUUUAAAGUGCUCUCCAAACCGUUACCUCCUAUAUCACUCGCUCAUGAUGCAAUGGUGUGCAAGUGACAUCCGUUAUGUUAUUUCCAGCUUUUUUGCCUCAUCUUUACAUUGCAUUUAAAUGAUGCAAAUUAAAAGUAUGCUGGUGUAUAUUUGUAAUCUCUCGAUCUAUUAUACAACAUGCCUGUGUCAAAAUGUUCAGAUUUGAAUGGAAUCCUCCAAGAACAGUUUGCGCUGAAAUCUUUGUAGUUCAUUAUCAUCCUUAUAGUGUUUGAUAUUUUGUAGCAUUAUUUUUGACUAAAGGAUUUGUCUGUACAUAAAGGUUAUGAAAAUAAAUAUGAUAUAUAUAAUACACGUUUAUUGAUUUGUUAAAGAAUCGUUGCAUACUUAAGGGGAAGCAUCACAUUGUAAGAAAGAUACCAAGGAUGUUCUGUGUAUGUAGUGUUUGCAUGUAAUACAUGGUAAUGAAUAGUGAACCUUUCAUGUAAACAUAAGAAAAUGAUAUUUUAGUCUUCUAAUCGGAACGAGUCGAGUUCUGUUUGUUUUUUCUUCUUCUGUAUAUGAGGUCUGAACUCUGAAGUUUAAUCCAGCGAAACUAUUACAUGCAACAAGCCUAGCUUUUUAAGUUGGUUCAAUUUUCAUUUCCGUAUUUCAUGAUUUGCAGAACAUUCUUUCAAGUCAUUAGUUACUACUAUUCAAGAUUAUUUAUUUCCAAUUACUUUAAAAAAUAUUAUUCUUGUAAAAUGUAUUAUGUUUUGAUAAUUUUACAUGGAAUAUGUAUAAAUGCAACCAAUCAAACAAACAAAUAUUUAGUAUUUAGGAAGUUAAUUUACCUGGCUUUGAAACUGCCAAUCAAAUCUUGGCAAAUACAAAAUUACUAUUCAAGAUGGUGAAUGACCUUUCUGGGGUUUUUGUGUGGGAAAGGGGGGGGGGGCAUAAGAAUGGACCUGGACCAGAUGAGCCAUAUUUGAAGGUCAUAUUCACUAGACCCUGAUGUAGCUAUUUAACCGAGAGUUCUGUUAAUGAUGAAGCUGCUUUAAAAAAAAACUUUAAAACAUUCUGACUGGUAAGUGUAUUGAAAAAGACAGAAUAAUAUGAAGAAAAUCCACGACUUUCUGAAAGUCACAUUCACAAAAGAACAGUAGUCAUAUAAAAUGAGUUAUCCAACUAUUUGGGAAUUUAUCAAUUAUAUAAGUCUUGAACUUUCA